AUGGGGGCCAUUUCGCCGGUGGAUGAGAUUCCUGCGGCAGUGGAGGCCCCAACCCCGGACCUGGCUCCAGGUCUGGCCCGUCAUCAGGACCUGUUUGCUCUGGGAGACUCUACCAGGGGCAUCAAGCCCCCCGACAAGAUAGCUCCUGGGAUCAUGCAGGCACUCAAACUCUCCCAUCACUUUAAGAAAAAACAUUUUAAUAUUCUGUCUAAAUAUACAUACAAAAUUGCAUAUAGUCAGUCAAAGAAUUGGUCUGUUGAGUUUCAAUCUGUAAGUAAAAUUAGUUUUGCAGAGUUUGUUUCACAGUCAGAGAGUGGUGUCUCUCUACAGUCAGAGGUUUUUGUACAGCGGCUCAAUGAGUUUGUAUCACUGUGGUACACGUUCGGUGGAGGAACCAGACUGGAUGUUGGAAGUGACAGGCCCCCCACCCUGACGGUGCUGCCCCCCUCCAGAGAGGAGCUGCAGCAGGGGAAGGCCACGCUCAUGUGCCUGGCCAACAAGGGCUUCCCCUCAGGCUGGAGUCUGAGCUGGAAGGUGGAGGACAGCAGCAGCAGCAGCAGCUGGGAGGAGAGCAGGAGCCCCGGGGUGCUGCAGAAGGACGGCCUCUACAGCUGGAGCAGCACCCUGAGGCUCCCUGCAGACCAGUGGAGGAAGGUGGGCUCUGUGACCUGUGAGGCCACCCAGGGCUCCCAGACUCCCCUCAGAGAGACACUGAGGAGAGACCAGUGUUCCCAGUCCUGACCGGACUCACUGGGACUCUCACACUGCUUUGACUCUCACACUCAUCUCACCUCUGUCAUUCACUCUCUUUCACUUUCUUCUAUCAUCAAACCAAACUCUCUUCAUCAAUAUUCAUCUUCUUACAUCAUGAUUUUCUUUCAGCUUUGACAAAAUAAACACUCUUUUCA